CUCUUCAUUUUUUCAACUCCACCAGGUCACAUUCUCUCUCUCUCUCUCUCAAACAACUCCACCAUUAUACAUAUACAUACACACUAUAUCUCUAUAAUGGUCGACACUCUCAUGAAUCUUCAUCUUCAUCUUCUUCCUCAAAUGUGAUGGGAGGCGGUUUCUCGCACCUCCUCCCCUGCUUCAAUCCGGCUGAGCACCGCCGUAACCACUCACCGGACCUCAUUUUCACGGCCGCCGAACCUCUUGACGAAACCCUAGGUCACUCCUUCUGUUACGUCCGUUCCUCCGCUCGCUUUAUCUCACCUACACACUCAGAUCGCUUCAAUUCGCCCUCUCAAUCGCUCCGAUUCUCGCCGGAAUCCUCAUCUAGGUCACGCCAGGUUAACGGCGUUACGGAGACAGGUUUCAGAUCCAUUUCCGGUGCUUCUGUAAGUGCGAAUAGUUUAACUCCUGUAACUGUUGUUAAAUUAGAUAAUAUUGUUGAUGAUGAUGUUAAUCGUGUUGGUGUUGGCGGUGGUGUGAGGUCUAGUGGUAGUCAUAUUGUUAGUGGAUUUGAGAGUACGUCUUCGUUUAGUGCUCUACCGCUGCAGCCGCUGCCGCGAGGCGAUUCGGCUAGGGCAGCGGUAGGGCAGAUGGAGAGGGCGUUUUUUAUGUCUGGACCGAUUGAGCGAGGGGCUUUGUCUGGUCCGUUGGAUUCGAGUAUGAAUAUCGGUUCCGAUUCGGUUAAUAGUAACGGUGUGCCGUUCUCUGCGCCGUUGAAUGGUGGUGGUUAUGUUAAAAAGAGGAGGAAGAGGUCGGUUAAUGGGAUUCGGAAGGCGUUUAAUCGGAAUUUUCCUCGGCCGUGGGUGGUUCCUGUUAGGAAUUUUGUCGGACGGAAGGAGAGUUCGGUUAAGGGAGGGGUGGAGCGAUCAGAUGUGAAGAAUGAUAGGGAUGUGCAGUGGGCUUUAGGGAAAGCUGGUGAGGAUCGGGUGCACGUGGUGGUUUCGGAAGAGCAUGGUUGGUUGUUUGUCGGGAUUUACGAUGGGUUUAACGGUCCGGAUGCUCCCGAGUUUCUGAUGGGGAAUUUGUAUAAGGCUAUGUAUAAAGAACUCGAAGGUUUGUUUUGGGAUUUAGAUGAUGCAGCUCAAGCUCCCGCUCCAGCUCCUGCUCCUGCUCCAGCUGAAUCCUGUUCGGCACAAUUACAAGAAGAAGCAACGGAUGUAAAGAAUGAUUCGUUUCGUUCAGGAGGAGAAGAGAUAGUGACUAGACGGAAACGCUUAUGGGAAUAUCUUGCAGAGGAAGGACCUAGAGAUGGACUUGAUCUUUCCGGUUCCGAACGGUUUGCGUUUUCAGUGGAUGAUGCACUCAGUAUAAGCAAAACGAGUUCAGGCGCUAACCACCGGUCAUUUCUUCUGUCAAAAUUAAGAAACGGGCUUACUAAGCAUAAGGAGGGUAGUAAAUUAUUCGGUUGGAAACUCGGGUUGGAUUCCAAAGAGCAAAAAGAAGCGGAAACCAGAGUAGAGGAGACAGAUAAUGUUGUUAAAAACGGCAGGAAGAAAAAAACCGGUCCGGUAGACCAUGAACAGGUUUUGCGAGCAAUGUCAAGGGCUUUAGAAGUAACGGAGUUUGAGUAUCUGGAUAUGACUGAUAAGGUUAUGGAUCAAUAUCCUGAGCUUGCGCUUAUGGGUUCGUGUUUACUGGCUGUUUUGAUGAGGGACGAGGAUGUGUAUGUGAUGAAUUUAGGAGAUAGUCGGGCUAUCGUUGCGCAAGAUGAUGAAACCAAAGAAGCUGUUCUAUCUCAAACAACGGAUAGUGGGACGGUCAUUGAGGAUGUAGUUAAAGAAUCCAUUGAUGCAGACGGAAAGGAAAAUUGUACGGAAAACGAGGGGCACGCUCACGAUAAGAGGUUGACCGCGUUGCAACUGUCGACUGAUCAUAGCACAAGCAUUGAAGAAGAAGUUACUAGAAUCAAGAACGAGCAUCCGGAUGACGAUCAUUGUAUCGUCAAUGAUAGAGUCAAAGGUCGUCUUAAGGUUACUCGUGCUUUUGGGGUUGGUUCUCUUAAACAGGCAAAAUGGAAUGACUCAUUACUUGAGAUGUUUCGCAACGAGUAUAUUGGAAAUGCACCCUACAUAUCGUGUGUACCUUCUCUUAGACACCAUCAACUAUGUAAAAAAGACCAGUUUUUGGUACUUUCGUCAGACGGUUUGUAUCAGUAUUUUAGCAAUCAGGAAGUCGUUUCACAUGUCGAUAGCUUCAUGGAGAAGUUUCCGGAUGGUGAUCCAGCUCAGCACCUGAUAGAAGAGCUUCUGUUACGCGCAGCCAAGAAAGCUGGGAUGGAUUUGCACGAAUUGCUCGACAUCCCACAAGGCGACCGCCGGAAAUACCAUGACGAUGUUACAGUCAUGGUCGUUUCUUUAGAAGGACGAAUUUGGAAAUCAUCAGGAAAAUAUCUCUAAAACCACAUCGAACCCGGACAUAAUUUCACAUCAUGACCCCAAGGCAAACCCCGACAAAACAAAGUAGAGACUUCAUGUCGGGUCUCAGAAUUCUUGGUCUCGAAGCGUGUACUUCAAGAAACGUUCCAAACUCGAGGCGUGUAUCGAUCAAGAACUGAGCUUGGUUGAAACCGGAGGAAAUGUGCAGGUAAAUGCUCUUGACAAAAAGGGACUUGUUUUUCUUUUCUUCUAAUUUUGGUGAUGGGAUUGGUAAAGAAUGGAUUUUUUUUUUUUAAUUUAUGAUUUCGGUUUUUUUGUUAGAUUUGUUCAUAGGUGGGAAAUGUUGUUUCAUUACUUAACCUAAGAAGGUUGUAAUUGAUCAAACUGAGUAGAUUUUUUAAAAAAAAUCAGAUGCGUAUUACAUUCUUGUUU